AUGACCCAUGCUGGCGAACUUAACGAAAUCUUUCCUUUGGAGCGACUCUUCCGGAAGACAAAAAAAAAGCGACUUGAUUGCAGACAGAUCUUCACCGCCCCAGCAGUUCUUCGGCUUUCGCUGUUUGACUCGAACGGCCUGGGCGGUAUUGAAGAGUCGGCGGCCAAUUCUUGGCAAGCAACUUGGUUCAGUGCGCUAGAAGAGUCUGCCGGCUCUAUACUGGACUGCCACCAACACUGUGGAGGGAUACAUCUCUUAGCACCUUUAAUGGUGCUCAUACGAGUCCAACCGACGGACACUCAACCUUUGGUCAUCUUCUUUGAGGCUGAUAAUGCAGCAUCCACCAGCGUCUAA